AUGGUUAAGAUGCUUGCCUCCGCCAGGGCCGAUGUGAACGCCACUGACUACAACGGGCGCACUCCUCUUCACGAAUUCGCCAUGAACGGCUCCAGGGCGGUCGCACAAACUCUCCAGUAUGAAGACGAUAUUACCAACGAGUGCCCCGAUUGGGUAUACGCGCUUGUCAUAAAGUACUUGAUCGACGCCGGUGCCGAUCUUAACGUCCAGGACGAACACGGCAUGACACCUUUGCAUCUGGCUGUCUCCAGGAGGGAGACUGUUAUGAUCGAGCUCCUCCUGAACAAUGGAGUGAAUGCCCUUAUCACUAACAACGAUGGAGUUAGGGCCAGCAAGGUGAACGGAGAUAGGAUCGAGCCCCAUACAAUCGACUUCCAGGUGUGGAAGUAUGAGGCGGAGCAGUUGAAAAAGGUCGAUCCAAGAUGGGUCGCAGUCCUUUGA